UGGAGAGUCUAAUUAUUUUCUUCCACUUUCUCGAUCUUGAGAUUUCUUUGAAAGGAAGAAAAAACAAAACACUCACGAUGUCCGCCGAAUCAGCUAGCCAAAUCCCUAAGGGACAGGUUGAUCUGCUAGAUUUUAUUGACUGGUCUGGUGUUGAAUGCCUGAACCAAAGCUCAAGUCACUCUCUGCCCAAUGCUCUCAAACAGGGAUAUAGAGAAGAUGAAGGUUUGAACUUAGAGAGUGAUGCUGACGAGCAGCUUCUGAUCUAUAUUCCUUUUAACCAAGUUAUCAAACUACAUUCCUUUGCUAUCAAAGGCCCUGAAGAGGAAGGUCCUAAAACUGUAAAGUUUUUCUCAAACAAAGAGCACAUGUGCUUCAGCAAUGUCAAUGAUUUUCCUCCAAGCGACACUGCUGAACUAACUGAAGAAAACCUUAAGGGGAAACCGGUUGUCCUUAAAUAUGUUAAGUUUCAGAAUGUUCGUAGCUUGACGAUCUUCAUUGAAGACAACCAAUCGGGUUCUGAGGUCACAAAGGUUCAGAAGAUUGCUCUCUAUGGUUCAACGGUGGAGACGACUGAUAUGAAGGGAUUGAAAAAGAUUGAAGAUCACUGAGCUAACAACAAAAGAGUUUUGAUCAUAUAUCACUUUGACUUCUAGUGUUCUGUUGUGGUUUCUAUCUUUUUCUGUUACUUUUCUUUUAAGUUAUUAGACCAGAAAUUGCGAUUGCCUAUUUUGCAGAAGUCCGAAACGAAUGACAAGUUCAAUAACAAUUUGAUAAUUCCUCUUGCUAUAUAGGCAGGUCUCAACUUCUCUC